CGAAACCCGACUCACGGAGCCAGCCGUCCACGGAGCGGCCAUUUGGCUCUCCCCCUCAGCCGCUCGUCACCACUGCACACAACAGCAACAGCAGCAAUGGAGAUAUUGAGCCCAGCCACGGUGCAGAUCUUCCGCCUUCUCCUUACUCUGCUGGUCCUUGGGAGCCUUGGCGGACCGCAGCUCACUGCCACCGGCCUUCUGAGGGACAGCCUCACUGCGUCGGACAGGAGAUCCCGGCUGUCGGCUGCCUUUAUCCCGUCGAGAGGCACAUCGCCAUCUCAUCUGCCCGCGCUAGAGCCCUUGCUGCGCCGAAGAGCUGCUGCAGAUGAGCUGUACCGUCUGCCGCAGAUCCCGCAGACACCGCAUCUAUCGCAUCGGCUGCCGCUGCUGAGCAGGCUGUCGUCUCAGCUGGAGAGUGAUGGUGGCAGUACUGACAGAGCUGACGUGUCACGGUUUGAUCCGGACCAUCGGUGGGAAGGCGCAUUCGCCGGUGAGUGAUGAGCAGCGAUGUGCCUUAGGCGCCUUACUUAUGUAUAUAUCUGUGUAUGACUACCGGCUGUGCUGUCUGUCCUGCAGACACUCCCAUCCUGACUUUAUCUGGGAAUCUGGUGGACACGCGUCGCACAGUGAUGCGUGACUUCCUCGAGUACAUGGGCAUACCCACAGUGUACCUGGGGGACCUCCAGGACACAUUUGACGCCCACACGGACCGCCUCAGGUGGUCGGCCAACGCCGCAGACGAGCAGGCAUCGAACAUCUGGUACCCAACCACACACAUAUGCGAAGGGAAGCGGGUUGUUGAUUGGAGUUCUUCUGUGUGUGUAGGCGUGCCGCCCAGGAAGAUUUCCUGCGCAAGGGGUUCCGUCUGCAGCCCAACCAGCCCAUCGCAGGCCCCCCGUGGCCACAGCAGCAGCCCCAAGCCGUCCCGCAGCUGCGAAUUCUGCUGCUGGGGGGGGACGGCACCGUCGGUUGGGCGUACGAGACGCUGCACCGGCUGUUUGACGGGACGGGGUACUUCCCUUUGGUGGCGGUGAUGCCUUGCGGGACGUACAACGACAUUGGCCGGCUGUCGGGGAUGCAGGUGCGGCUGUCGGCACGCGACUGCAGCAUGGGCGAGCUUCCCAAGAUAGUCAACUAUGUCCUCAACUGCAACCAGGUGAUUGGGGGAUUAUUGAGUAAAAACUGGUGAUAUGCGUAAGACGACCGAGCAAGGACGUGUGUGUGUGUGUGUUUGUGUGCGGCUGGUUGUGUGUAGGUGUAUGACUUGGAUGUGUGGCGGUUGAUUCCUGAGGGCAUGACCGACCUUGAGAACUUCCACAGGUGGGUGGGUACCGACCGUCUCAACCGGCUGACGACACAGUCAAUCAAGGAAUGUGUCUACGGUGUGUACGGAUGUGUUGUGUGUUUUGGUGUCCUGCCCUGUCCUGCCUUGCCUUGCCGUCCUCACAGCAACUACUCCGUCCACUCGGUAGCGAUGGGAUUCAUCGCCCGGUCGCUGUUUGACUUCGAGAAGUGGCGGUCGACGCACCCCGAGGCGGGACGGCUCUAUCGCAAAGCCUUCAUAUGGGCAUCCGGGCUGCUCAAAUACAUACAAAACGACGCACUACAGGUCCGGUCCGCCCCCCUCCGGGCACACGCACACGCACACACAGACGAUGGAUGCACUGCAGGUGCUGUCCUGUGCUUGUCCGCAGGAUGUGGUGCGGCUGACUUACGACACCGAGGACGGUCGGCAUGAGGCCAACGCCAGCCUGCCGGGCGCCUUCUCGUGCUUCCAGGCGCACAAUAUCCCGAUUUACGGGGGCUCGCCAUUCCUCAGCCCCGACUACGCCAGCUCCCAGAAGGUGGUGCAGGACGGCCUGCUCGACGUGACCGUGCACUCCAAGCCACAGAUGUUCGGACAGCUUGUUCUCAACACACAGGUGCCUGACUGACUGAGGCCGCACCGGACAGACAGACCCUCACUCCACACGCACCGAUCCAUCCCUUGCUUCCUUGUGUCAUUCAUUGCCCCGCCACAGGGCCGGCACGAGCUCUCUCGCUUGCGUGAUCUGACUAUCGACGUCCCACCAGGGCGGCGGACAUUCUGGAUGAUUGACGGGACGGUGAGGAGCCGAACAAGCACAAACCAGACGCAGCACACACCACAACAGUGAAGGCGAAAUGUAAUGUCCCUCCCCGUGUGUGUCGUGUCGUGUCGUGUCGUGUCGUGUCGUUGGUUGAUAACAGGCGUGUUCGGCGGUGGGCGGCCAGCUGCACGUGCAGAAGGCCGGGCAGAUGACCCUCCUCACCGGUCCCAGACUGCACCACCAGUCCCAGUCGACCUCAGCCACCAAGCAAGGACGGCGUGUGGCGCUGCCCCCCAGCUACGACCACGCCCAAACCCCCGUUGACGACACAGCCCUCCCCUACAAAGUCCGAUCGGUGUCGCCAGUGAUAGAUGAGGACACCGUGCGGCGGUUAGACGCCUUUCUCCUGCCCUCGCCCACCAUACCUUCUGCUUUUGCGGUGUCGGAGGUGGUGCCUCAGCCGCCAGCUGAGGCGUCGGCGCAUGGGCAGGAGAUGGUCCAGCUAGCGUAGGGGCCACACCACACAGGGGUGUGGGUGUAAAAGCGUGUGCGAAUGAGUCACAGAUAGACAGAGGAGGGCAGUAGGGGGACGAGGCAAGAGGCAAGAGCGAGAUGGCAGAGAGAGGGGAGAGGCAACGAACGACGUGCCAUUUUUGGUGAUUCGAAGAAUUCAGUUACAACAAACAAAUGGUAUGCAAUGCAUUGCAUUCAUUGGGUAGAUAGGUCGGGUGGAAUGAGUGAGUGAAUGAAUGAAUGGCCGCAUUUGUCUCGCACGCACCAUCUGUGCGACACAGACUGAUACAUGGAUGGAUGCAUCGAUGGGAUAUGUUGUGUGCCCCUGGGGGCACGGACGGGCUUUUUGGUGUUUGUGUAAGUAAGUAUCUCCCUACCUACCUGCAUGUGUGUAUGCGUGUUUGCCUAGCUGUCUAGCUGCCUUUGCGUCUCGCGUCUUGCCUCCCUCCCUCCCUGUCUCCCUGCCUCCCUGCCUCCUUGCUUUGUGUGUGUGGCCUGCGAGUGAAGUGAGGGCUCACAAUGUGAGAUGAGAGAAUGCACACACAUGCAUACACGCAAAUACGGAGAGAGGAAGAGAGAACGAGCAAUCGAAUCGAGCGGGUGGCCGCCCUUCCUUCUGUCUUCCUGUCACCCUAUCUCUCUUGCCUGCCUGCCUAUCUCUCCAUCAGUCCAUCCAUCCAUCCAUUCAUCUGUCCAUCUAUCUGCCUACUCGGGUCAGUGAGGAGGCGAGGCACGCCCUCUCUUCCCUCCACUGCGCACUGGUGUGAAUACGCUAGCUACAUACCAUACAUACGCUGACUUCCUGACCGACGACCGACCGACCUACAUAUGGAAAGAAAGAUGGGGACGUCGCGUAGCACCCAUGCUGUGAUGGCAUGGCGGGCUGCGGGGGUGAAACACCGCCAUCCAUCCAUCCACCCAUCCAUCGGCGGGGUGCGAUGUAGCCAUCUUCCCAUGGGUUACAGGUCACAGCUGUGAAUGAGACAAAAUGAAUGCUCGAGUAGCGGACGGACCGAAGUGACGACAGAUUGAUUGAUGAUGGAUGAGGUGGGGUGCGCGCGCGCGUGUGUGUGUGUGUGUGUGUGUGACAAUCAAUGAUGGGAG